AGUGCGCGAGCCGAACGCGCGGUCCGUCCGGCGACCGACGCGACGUUGCCAGCUUUUCAGAAAAAAAUACCAGAUUCGACCUUCUUAGGACCCCCGGUUUUUUUUUGUUUGGCCGCGUUAUCAUUCGGGAACGUGUAUUGAGGUCCUUAUCCGUACGUGAGAUGGUGCGCUCUGUUCGCAGGUGGACUAGUGUUGUAGUGUUUUAGUGUAUUAUGGUGUGGUCUACGCCAUCGGGAGAGGUGCUCAUUGACGUCGUCACAAGGCCCGGGCAGACGGAUCACGGGCACGGUGGCGGCGGCGCCCUGGCUUACGGCGGCAAGCCGGCGGCGGGCGCGGUGGUGGCGCCUCCGCAGCCGCGCGCGCCGCCCGCCGCGCCCUACGCGCAGCCCUACUCGCCUGCGCUCCGGCUGCACCAGCCCGGGUAUGGCUCGGCUGCCCUCACUUUCAGGGAUGGCAGUUACGUGCGAGGAGGCGGUGCGGUGGGCGAGUACCGCGGCGGCACCCGCAUGUCCAUGCUCGGCAGUGGGUACUUGCCGGCGCCGGCGCCGCAGCCGCAUCAUCCGCCACCGGCGGACCCGCCCCCCUUCAAGAAGAUACGGUUCGGCGUCGAGAGGCCACCACCCACGCCGCUGCCGGUCCACCAGCCCCUCAGAGUCGAUACAAGAGUGCCGGUGAACGCGUAUAACGCGGUGGAGCUCUCGCCCAACCCCCCUUCCGAGCCUACUGCGGAAGACAGCUUUCGCACCACCAAAGAUGACCUGCUGCAGCAGAUAUCGAAGGUGGACCGCGAGAUGGCUUUGUCAGAGGCGACCCUGGCCAAGUUAAAAAAGAAGCAAGAGGAGCUGGAACAGACCGCGUCCAAGCCAGCGAGGGCCGAGGAGCCCGAGGAGGCCGUGCCAAGACACAGAAGCUUGGCGCAGUGCGUGUACGCGGAUAACAGGAAAAAGGUAAGCGGGAAGGCGGCGUCGGCGCACGCACUUCUAUCGCACCUGGGCCCGCAGACGUUAUAUCCGGUGUACAACCAGCCCCAAGACACGCCUGUCUACCACGAGAACAUCAGGCGACACCGCACCUUCAGGAAGCGACUCGCUGCCCACAUACACCGGCUGAGGAGGGAGGCGGAGAAGAGAGAAGACUUAUUAGCAGAAGCGUACAGCAGACGAGCUGCAGACUGGUUGAGAAGAGUCGAGAGGAUAGAACAGGGACAGAAGAGGAAAGUCAAGGACGCGAGAAAUCGCGAGUUCUUUGAGAAAGUGUUCCCUGAGCUUCGGAAGCAGCGCGAGGAGCGCGAGCGCUUCAACCGGCUCGGCGCGCGCGUGAAGUCCGAGGCCGAGCUCGAGGAGAUCGCGGACGGGCUGCACGAACAAGAGCACGAGGACAAGAAGAUGCGCGCGCUCACCGUCGUGCCGCCGCUGCUGCGCGACCCGCGCGACACCGCGCCCGUCUACGUCGACACCAACCGUGAACUUCAAUAUCGCCCACGCGUCGCUAAGGUCAUAGACGAGACGGGCGCGGGAACCCCACUCGAUUCCCGACAGCGUAGUUUUUGGGCACAAAAUAUCGUCAACCGGCUCGGCGCGCGCGUGAAGUCCGAGGCCGAGCUCGAGGAGAUCGCGGACGGGCUGCACGAACAGGAGCACGAGGACAAGAAGAUGCGCGCGCUCACCGUCGUGCCGCCGCUGCUGCGCGACCCGCGCGACACCGCGCCCGUCUACGUCGACACCAACCUGUGUGCGUGCGCGCCGCAUACGUAUUGGCGCGCGCUCACAAACAAACCACGCUCGUUUUGGGCACAAAAUAUCGUCAACCGGCUCGGCGCGCGCGUGAAGUCCGAGGCCGAGCUCGAGGAGAUCGCGGACGGGCUGCACGAACAAGAGCACGAGGACAAGAAGAUGCGCGCGCUCACCGUCGUGCCGCCGCUGCUGCGCGACCCGCGCGACACCGCGCCCGUCUACGUCGACACCAACCCCCGUCUGCACGCCCCGGAGCCCGUCUGCACGCCCGCCGCGACACCGCGCCCGUCUACGUCGACACCAACCUUUUGGGCACAAAAUAUCGUCAACCGGCUCGGCGCGCGCGUGAAGUCCGAGGCCGAGCUCGAGGAGAUCGCGGACGGGCUGCACGAACAGGAGCACGAGGACAAGAAGAUGCGCGCGCUCACCGUCGUGCCGCCGCUGCUGCGCGACCCGCGCGACACCGCGCCCGUCUACGUCGACACCAACCGCCGGUGUAUGGACAUGGAGUCGGAGCACAAGGAGUUGCAACUUCGCAACGUGUGGUCGCAAUCAGAGCGGGAGGUGUUCCGCGAGAAAUACCUUCAGCACCCCAAGAACUUCGGCCAGAUUGCCUCCUUUCUGCCCCGGAAGAGUGUCAGGGAUUGUGUUAGAUUCUAUUACCUAUCGAAGAAGGCUGAGAAUUACAAGCAGUUGUUGCGGAAGCCGCGCCAGCGCCGCUCCGCGCGGAACCCGCCGCGGCCGGCGCCGGAGCCCGACCUGCCCGCCGGCGUCACCACGCGCCUCCAGAGGUCGCAAGGAGCGACGGCGCGGUCGGUGGACAACAAGGAGCCGAGCUUGGACGAGACGGGGCUGGCUGCUGGAGUCUCCUGCAUCCUGCCCACGGCGGCGCCGCAGCCUGCAAGAACGGAACUCCGAACGCCACCUCUCAUACCAUCCCCGCCGCCGGCGUCGUCAGCCCCCGGCGGCGCGCCGUCGGUCGCCGACUCGCCGCCGACGCCGCCGCCGCUGGAACUCACGCCGGACACGCCGCUACCGCCGCUGCCGCCGAUGCCGCCGCCGACUACUUGUGAGGCGAUGAUGACGACGACUGUUGUGACGACAUCAUCAUCACCCACCAGCGUGCCCUCCCCGCUGCCAGCGACCAGCCUGGCGCCCGCUACCGUCGCUCCGGCAGCAUCAUCGCCGGCGCCCGUCUCGCUUUCGGCGGCGGCGGUGUCGUCCAUCCCCACGCCGCCGCCGGGAAGCGCGCCGCCGACGCCGCAGCCGCCGCCGACGCCGACGCAACCGCCGCCGACGCCGGAGACAGACAAAAAAGUUGAAUAA